AGCUCGAGGAAAUCAGGAUGAACCAGAGCUUCCGUACGGUGUUCUUGUAUCAGGAAAAACCGUGUUCUGGCUUCAUCGAUAUGUUCAGUGAGCGACAGCCCCGGAUGCUGCAGUUCCUAAAAGACCUGGAGGAGAAUGCUGUUCAGCUAGACAGGAUGAACACGGGGGCAAAGAUCUCGAGUGUGGCCGGCAGCUCCGUGGGGGCAGUUGGAGGUGUGCUUUCCAUCAUUGGUUUGGCAUUAAUUCCUGUAACAGCUGGAGCGUCUUUAGUGCUGACAAUGACUGGGGUAGGGCUAGGAGUUACCAGCGGAGUUAAUAGUGUUGUCACCACUGCCACAGAGAUUGGAGUAAACCAUACACAGCAGAAGAAAGCCAGUGAAAGCUUCCAGAGCUUCAUGGAGGAUGUGCAGGGUCUGCAGGAUUGUCUAAAGGUUGAGAUCAAAGAGGAAACAAGCCGUAUAAAUGUUGCUGUGGGAGUUGGCAAGAUGAUUGGUAAAGCAGGUGCUAUAGGAAAAGGCAUUGAUUCACUAUUUGAUGCUGCCUCUGCUGUUAAGAUGUUAAACAGUGAAGAGCUGAUUGCAAGUGCUGGCAAAGUGGUAGUGCAAGAGGUAAAAGCAUUACGUAACGUGCCCAGAGUGGCAGCAGAUAUCCCAGAUAUCGGACAGGCAGCAGUCAAAGGGCCUCUUGCCCUCUCCAAGUCAGCCAGGGCCGGGUUCAUCGGGCUCAAUGCUUUAUUCCUCGGCAUGGAUAUUUUCUUCAUCUGUAAGGACAGCAUCAAUCUGUCCAAAGGCAGCAAAAGUGAAGUCUCUCAGUUCAUCAGAGCCAGAACUGCACUUUGGCGCUCAGAGAUGGACUCAUGGCAGAAGAUCCAUGACUUCCUGUGUGAAGGUCGGCUGACAUCAGAGGAAAACAAAGCUAUCCUGGAGACCCCAUUCUAUCCAGAGAAGGAGAUGAAGAAAGAAAAGCAGAAAUAG